GGCCCAACCCUUUUCUUCGUUUCUCUCUCUCUCCCUCUCCCUCUCUCUCUCUCUCGCGCGCGCUGUCUGUAAUUGAAAAAUAGAUAUAGAAUUUGUUUUUUAAAGAGAUUUUGGUUUUUGAGAUCAUUUCUGUGUUCAGCUUUUGUAGAAGCGAUUGAACAUGGCUACAUCUACAAUUAGUGCAGGUGUAUUGGUUAGUUUACAAGAAUUGAACCCGUCUUCACCAAAUUUCAAGCAAGGAGCCUCAUUUAGGGUUACUGGAAAGAUACAAAAGUAUGAUUUGGAGACGGCAGUGGCUGUAAUUGUCGAUGGAGAUGCUAGCUUAAAGGUCGACACACAGUUCCUGAAACUCAAUCUGCGCCCAGGCUCUCUCUACCAGUUCAUUGGGGAACUGCAGAUUGAACCAAAUAAUGAGGCAAUUUUGGAGGCUCGAGUUGGAAGAAAUGUUGAUGGACUGGACACUAACCUCUACCAUCAGACAGUGCAGCUCCUGAGGCAGUUUCAAGCCGAACAAGCAAACAGUCGAACAUCUUAAAGCACAAUAAUAACUGCCAUCAAGCAAGAUAUGUAGUCAUCUAGGAAUGUUGGUGCCAUGGAAAUGGAUUCUUCACCGCUGAGAACCUUUUGAGCGCGAUUCUUGGUAAGCCUAUGGUUCGGAUUUACUACUACAUGCGUCUUAGUUUGUUCUCUCUCUGGUGUUGAUGCAUCACGACAACGUUAGAAAAUGACUCGUGUAGAGGUGAGAAAAGGAAUGGUCUUGAGAAGAAGGGUCUCUUCCAACUGUGCUUAUAUAGGAUCUCAUGAUUCAUGAAAUUCUUACAUGAUUUUUGGUUUUAUGGUUGGUUGUUUUUUUUUUUUUUUUUUUUUUUUUUUGAUGAAAUUACAUUAUAAAUGUUUGGUUUUAUGGUUGGUUGUUGUUCUAUGAUAUUGUGUCCCUUCCUAUUA